AUGAUUCGAAUCAACGUCAUUUCGCAGGAACCUAAAAAAGUCGAACAGGAAUUUCAUCGCUAUUGUGUAAUAGACCAAAACGAAAAGAAGCCUUACACGCAUAUUUUUAUUGAUAAGGCAGGGCAAGCAAUAGAACCGAAAAUCGUAACCAGAUCACAAAAUUAUUUUAGCAGAAAAUCAAGAGAGCCAAUCCCAUCUCGGUUCAAUGCUUACAAGGCCGGUUAUGUAUUAGAUAUUAUAGUAAAACUUCGGGAAGAAAAUGUCAAAUUAGAAGAAAUUGGUUCAGUGCAGAAAUUUCAAGGUCAAGAAAGGCGCGUGAUCAUUAUUUCAGCUGUUCGAACAGAAUCUGUUUCAUUCCUUGGGGAACCGAGACGGUUCUGCGUUGCUGUUACUCAAACAAAGGUUCUUUUGGUGGUAUUUGUGAAUGGAAAAGCGUUGUCUAAGAAUAAACUUUGGAAACAAUCGUUGAAAAAAGUGAUGGAAUUUUGGAUAAGUUCUUCCUAA